GAAAGAACUCGAUCCCAGUCCAUUCCGUUCCUCUCUUCUCCCUACUCCUCAUUCUGUCUCCCUCGAGGAUGCAGGAAUACCUGACCCCUCUCUCCCUUUUCAUCAUCCUUUAUUCCUUCCCCGGGACCGGCGGGCAGAGUCCAUGUCCGGAUCCCGAGGCCAUCAUUCCCUGCGUUUGCUCCCACAAUGAAACUCUCGCCACUGUGACCGUGGAUUGUUCGGAGGCGACCUCGAGUGAAGAAAUCUUCUCUGCCUUCAACGACGCUGACUGGCCCAUCCUAAACCUCACAUCGUUUUGGUUGGAGAGAAACGACAGAGUGGAGCAGUUGCCAGAAGGAGUCUUUGGUGAUGUCACUUUCCAGGAAAUUGAAGUUUCCAGGACGUCCGUAGAGAGCAUCGAUCCUGAGGCGCUACUCCCCUCGAAAGAUCGACUCGAGAGGCUGGAUAUCAACAAUAGCAAACUAAAAGAAUUUCCUUUUGAAAUCAUCGCACAAUUUAGCAUUCUCACUUACCUUUCCCUCGGCGCAAAUGAGCUUACCUCUUUGUCAUCAUUCCAAAGUUCGAGUCUGGAGACUCUCGGUGUCGCCGGGAAUCAACUAACCUUUUUUGGGAACAUGUCUCUACCAAAUCUACGAAGCUUCUUAAUGAGCUUCAGUUCACACCUGAACCUACAUCUAAGGAAAAAUGAAAUCGCUGUAGUGAAUGAGGAAUCUUUCCGCCCUAUUCUGGAGGUUAUUUCAAAUGUGACAGGGAAUAUCGAUCUCACAGAUAAUCCUGUGGUGUGUAAUUGCACCAUGGCCUGGAUAGUGUUGAAUCCCGCCUUCCUGACAAAAGUGACGGGAUCCUGCACCGAUGGAACGGAUUUUCAAGACUUGGACCCGAUCGACUUUCAGAACUGCGUUGACAGAAUUCCAUGAUUGUCGAGUCGCCACUCCAUUUUGACCGAUUCCGAUAAGAUUUAAACAAUAAAUGGACUAUGGAUCAACUACC